GGAAGUCCGCGCAGAGCUCGAGGAGCGGCCAGGCUGCGACCCUGGCUCCCCGGCAGGACCCGCGGACACCUCCGCCUGGGACACCUCCGCCUGCUCCUGGCGUUACGCACGACAUGAGCCACGGGCAGAGAGCCGACAUGGUGCCGGAGAUCGCCGCGGCCGUGGGCUUCCUCUCCAGCCUCCUGAGGACGCGGGGCUGCGUGAGCGAGCAGAGACUCAAGGUUUUCAGCACGGCGCUCCAGGAGGCGUUAACAGAGCACUACAAACACCACUGGUUUCCCGAAAAGCCUUCCAAGGGCUCUGGCUACCGCUGCAUCCGCAUCAACCACAAGAUGGACCCCAUCAUCAGCAAGGUGGCCAGCCAGAUCGGACUCAGCCCGCCCCAGCUGCACCAGCUGCUGCCGAGCGAGCUGACCCUGUGGGUGGACCCCUACGAGGUGUCCUACCGUAUCGGGGAGGACGGCUCCAUCUGUGUCCUCUAUGAGGAGGCCCCGGUGGCUGCGUCCUGCGGGCUGCUCACCUGCAAGAACCAGAUGCUGCUGGGUAGAACCAGCCCCUCCAAGAGCUACGUGAUGGCCGUUUCCAGCUAGACGCCGCGCUGUGGCCGCCACCACCUGCCACCCGCUGGCUCCAUGCUGAACUCAUCCUGCCGUGACCACAGGCCGCCGCAUACCUCAACCUGGGGAACUGUGUUUUUACAUGAAGAGCUAUUUAUAUAUAUAUAUCUAUAUUUUUUUUUUAAGAAAAGAGGAAAAACAACCAAAAGAUUUUUUUUAAGAAAAACAACAACAAAAAAAAACCACCCCACAAAUCCUUAAAGGGAGUUGCUUGAAAGUGGCCUCCCCAGGUGCCUUUCAAAGUGUGGAGCCUGUAAGCCAGUGUCUGCCUGUGCAAGGGUGGGGAGGGGCACGCCAGAGAGCCAGGAGCCAACUACUGUGAAGUGAGAGGUGGGGGCAGCCCUGGGACAGGACAGGGGUGACAUUCAAACCUUCCUGCUCCCUCCUGGGACACCUGCCCUCCCUGGCCUCUCUCCAACUCAGGGGCAUUCAAGCCUGGACUUCAACAAUCCUAUGUGGCUUAAUGUUCUCUUUACUUUUCUGCUGAAAUUCUAGGCAGGAAACGCAAAGCCCUCUUGUGCUCCCUUGGGUCAAAGCAGCUUUUAAACUCUACCUUCAGGGACCUGCAGAAGUUGCUUCUCAGUCAGGCAUCUGAAGCCUCAUCACACACACACACACACACACACACACACACCCCACCACCACCAAGCUGCCCCCGCACUCCAAGGGGUAAGGCAGGGGUGGGGGAGGGAAUUCUGCACAAAACCUUUGCUUUUGCUUUGCUCUGCUUUGCGUGUUUGUGUGGUGAAUAUUUUAGGGGUGAUCUGCGGUGUAAUUUGGGGACCCAAAGAGUAUCCACUGAGGAUGUCUUUUUGGCCAAAACCCUUCGUUUUAGAACCACAUGUGCAAGUCCUGGUGCUUCUUCUGUAAUUCCCUUGGAGGGGGUGGCUCGAGAGCCCCCAGCAGCCCCGGGGCCUUUGCUCUUGCCUUGUUUUGUGAAGAACAACACUCCUGUCUACGCUGCCCACUGGGUCCCAGAGCUGCCCUCUCCUCCAAGGUCAAGACUUCUCAGGCCCUGUGCAAUAUGCCCCCAAGGUCCCUGGAGGGGCUCUCGGAGGCUCCUGGAGCCCAGGUGGGUUCAGGAACCGUGUCUCCUCCUCUGCUCGGGCCUUGGCGGGGGGCAGGGCCAGCCUCGCAGGUGUUCUGCGGUUCAGUGGGAGAACAGCCCCCGUUCUGCAAGACUCCUUGCUACUCCCCCAGAGGAGGAGGACUGACAUUAAAAGCCAAACCUUGGGCACUGUUUCUACCUGCUGUGCUCAGAGCACCUGUGGGUGAGGCUGCCGUAUUCCCCUCCCCCCACCCUUACAAUCCAAAUCUGUAGACAUGUGCAAUAUUUCCUGAUCUGGGUCG